AUGAUGGCCACCACAAUCAUAGACUCCACGGACAUAGAGCUGCUGCUGAGAGAUGAAGUUUUUGUUGACUUCUUCAACACGUUUCUGAGCCUUCCUGUUUUUGGCCAGACACCCAUUUAUAGGAGCAGCACGGGGCAAUGGGACCUCUGGCCAGAGCUACCGAGCCACCUGGAUCCCAGUCCCUCAGCUCUGUUGGCCUGGCUGGGAAAACACCGGCUGCCUCACUUCUGCAAAUCCAGCCUGUGCCUCCUCCUCGUCCUCUGCCAGAAGCUCCUGGGUUUCAUUCGCUCGGAGGAAGCAGCAAGAUUGCUGAACUGGCAGAGCGCGGACCAGUGGCUGCUGGAGAAAUGCAUCAGUGGGAGCCAGGGCAUGUGGCGCUUCCGAGCCUUCACCCAAGGAAUGGCAGGGGAGGAACUGACAGACUUCUGGCUUAUCACUGAGAGGCUGCUGGGGCUUGAUGAGUCAGAUGCAAUGCAGAAGGACCUCUAUCUGUCUUUGAUCCAAAGGCUGAAGGUCACCCACCUGCGUGAAGGCUCCAGCAUCCUUACCCUCUGUGGCACCACUGCCCGCUCAUCGCAGACAGUCACAAACGUUGGGUCUGUAGGCACCCGGAGGGAGAUCCUGAGCAAAAUGCAGCAGCAGGCCCUGUUUAUCCUUCAGAGUUACUGGCUCCCUAAAUUCUUCAUUCAGUGCAAGAUGAGCAUGGAGGAGGAAAAAUCCUGCUGGCCUCUGCUGCAGGAAUAUCAGGAGCGGUUGGCACAGGGUCACUUGCAGGAGUCCUCGGGCAUUUCAGAUGGCCUUUCCCCAAUGAGAAUUAGUAGGAGCCAGGAUUCACCAGAGCCCUACUGCAGCAGGGAGGCCAAAGAAAAGAUCUGGGCUCUUAUCAAGGAGGGAAGAGACAGCCAAGAAAUGAAGAUGCAACCAGAAAGGCAGACAGAGCCAGCUGGGAGCACAAAGAGAUUGCAACAGUGUAAAGGUGGUUCGGGACGGAUUCGUCCGCAGCCAGAGCGCACUGCAAAUACUGCCAUUGGAAAUCGAGGAGGAGCAAAAAGACCUAGGCCCAGAGAAAAACAGGUCCUCCACCUGGAAAACCUAUGUGAAGAGAAGGUCCUCUCCAGCCUACGUUCCUCUACACCCCUGGCCAAGAUGCCAUCCCCCACAAGGCCAGCCAAGACCUUACGUUACCUCCCCUGGGCUCUCAGUGCUGACAGCUAUGCAGGACGGCCCUUCAGGACCUUCUUGAUCUGCCAGGACCACACUGCUGAGGCUCGUCUCCUGGACCUAUGGCACGACCUGGAGGAAUUCCUACCAGUGGUGCUGGACCACAGCAGAGAAAAUAACUUCUUCCUGCGCCGUUUCCUCACGAAGAGGAUCUGCGAGUCCUAUCUGGUGGAGAACACCAUACAGCAGCUUCCCGUGGAGACGAGGAUCCUUCAGGGCCUGCGGGACCAUCUGGCUUCUGCAGAAUUCACCCCCUGGAUAUUCAGGACUCAAAAAGAGAUUUGUAAGGUCCUCUGCACCUACUAUGAGAAAUUUCUGGCUCAUGAUGAUGAGACGUUCCUCCAGUUCAUGUCUUCACAGAGUGAUGUCCCAGUGCCCAAGGUACAAGGACAUGGUCUUGGGAAAGACAAGUAUUUCCUCGUGUCUGAGCGGAUAAAUGAGUCCUUGAAGCUGAGCCAGGCCUUGUACGACACAAGGAACUUGGAAGGCCUCUCUCCUGAGCACUGGCAAUCCUUUGGCACUCAAGACCUCCAGAAAAGGGGUGUGCUCCAGGCAGAGGUGGAGCCUCUUGUGAGCAAAACUGAUGCAGACUACCAGAAAAUGACAUCAAAAGAGUUGGCUGUUCAGAAAGAAUCGCUGUCUGUGGAUAGCUGCAGCAAGGAUAAGGAGGUUUUGUCUCCCAAAAGCCCACCACUUGCUGCUGAGCCCGAGAAGGAAAAGAAGAGGGCUGCUCCUAGGAGAAAAACCAAAUCAAGUGCCAAGAAGGACACCACUGUUGCAGUAGAGAAGCCAACGAGAAGACCCAGGCACUUUGUGAAGGUUCUGCACAGCCCUGCCCACCUGCAGUACUUCAAGCAGUUCCUCGAGGAGCGCAGUGCAGCUGAACCACUGCGCUUCUGGAUGGCCGUGGAGAAGUUAGCUGCAGAGACCAACAUCAGGACAAAGAACCUCCUCAUUAACAGCAUUGUCAAAAAUUAUUUCCAUGGUGAAAAACCAGCUGAGGAACAGCUGGAGUGCAGCUCUUCUAUCAUCAAGGAAAUAAGCGAGGCUGAAACAGUCACUCCCUUCAUGUUGAUGACAGCACAGAUCUUCGUUCAGAAAGCAAUGGAAAAACAAUGGUUUAAAGAAUACCAGGACCUCUUUCCCCCCAGUGAAACACACAAGUCCAAUCUUCGUUUGCGGCACAGGAUGGGGAACUUCAAGACAGACAACCUGCGGUGGGCAUGGUUUGCCAUUCAGAACAUUGUCAGGAGCAUCUGCAAGUUCCAUCGGGAGAUGAGCAACAACAAGUGCCGUGUGGAGUUUGAGGACUUUCUCUGGAAGGAACUAGAAAAUGAGGAGGAAAACCUGCCCAUCUCCUCGAUGCAGAGCAACAACACCUUGCGUUCCCAUGCAUCCUCUGCCAGAUCCCCAAGAGACAAGGACGUGGUGCUGGUGAAACGACAGAUGUUUAACAACCAGCUCAUCACUGUCAACUUCCUCGUUUAUGACCUCCACUUUUACCUGGAGAUCAACAAGUUUUCCAAGCUGGCUGAUUCAGCUGAGGCAUUGGCAGCCCUCAACGUGUGCACCAAAAAUGAAGUUGACUUUCUCAAAAAGAAAGCUGCCAUCAUCAGCAAGCUCUUCCUGAGCUCUGAUAUUCCUCCCAAACUGCGGGUGAACAUCUCUGAAGAUGAGAGAGAUUUAAUUUGGAGUUUGUCUUCCAAGGGGCUACUGAACCGGCUCCUCUACCAUAGAGCCAAGGUGGCCAUUUUCCCCAUCCUGAUACACUUCUGGAAGAGGUUCUGCAACUGGAAGGUGAUGAAGAGCUUCCGAGUCUACUCAAGGGAAAGGGAACCAACCUCGUUGACCAGUAAAAAAGCCCGUUCUGAAUCAUCUGAGAUCUACAGCCCAAGCAAUCAAGCCGUCAUUCUGUUCUCGCUCCUGCGUGGUAUCCAGGUCCUGCUGCCCCGGUCUCAUAAGAAGAAGGAGUUAGAGGAAAAGCACGAGGGGUCGGAAAGUGCUGAGGUGUCAUCCAGCAGCUCCACUUCUGAGCCUUCAGAGCAGGAUGAGGAGGAGGAGGAAGAAGAAGAAACAGAAGAAGAGAUAUCCUAGCACAACAGCCAUGGGGACAUGCUCCAAGGAAGCUGA